UGGGCGCGCUCCGGACCGGCGCCCGAGCCUUCCUCCUUCUCCUCCUCGGCUGCCUCCCGCCCCGGCGUGGCCCGCUCAGGCUGGUCUCAGGGAGGGAGGAGAUCAAAUCCCACUCCCGCAGCGCACCCCAGCCCAUGUCACCCUCUGAUUUCCUGGACAAGCUCAUGGGACGAACGUCAGGGUACGAUGCCCGGAUCCGACCCAACUUCAAAGGUCCACCCGUCAACGUGACGUGCAACAUCUUCAUCAACAGCUUCGGCUCCGUCACCGAGACGACCAUGGAUUACCGUGUGAACGUCUUCCUGCGGCAGCAGUGGAACGACCCCCGGCUGGCUUACCGCGAGUACCCCGACGACUCGCUCGACCUCGACCCCUCCAUGCUUGACUCCAUCUGGAAGCCAGAUUUGUUCUUUGCCAAUGAGAAAGGGGCCAACUUCCACGAGGUCACCACCGACAACAAACUGCUGCGCAUCUUCAAGAACGGCAACGUGCUUUACAGCAUCAGGCUGACGCUGAUCCUUUCCUGCCCCAUGGAUCUCAAGAACUUCCCCAUGGACAUCCAGACGUGCACGAUGCAGCUGGAGAGCUUUGGCUACACCAUGAACGACCUCAUCUUUGAGUGGCUGGAGGAGCAGGAGGCUGUGCAGGUGGCAGAGGGCCUGACGCUGCCGCAGUUCAUCCUCAGGGAUGAGAAGGACCUGGGCUACUGCACCAAGUACUACAACACAGGCAAGUUCACCUGCAUUGAGGUGAAGUUCCACUUGGAGAGGCAGAUGGGCUAUUACCUGAUCCAGAUGUACAUCCCCAGCCUGCUCAUCGUCAUCCUCUCCUGGGUGUCCUUCUGGAUCAACAUGGAUGCAGCACCAGCGCGGGUGGGCUUGGGCAUCACCACUGUGCUCACCAUGACUACUCAGAGCGCCGGCUCCCGUGCCUCUCUGCCCAAGGUCUCCUACGUGAAGGCCAUUGACAUCUGGAUGGCCGUCUGUCUGCUCUUUGUCUUUGCUGCUCUGCUGGAAUACGCCGCCGUCAACUUCGUCUCUCGGCAGCACAAGGAGUUCAUGCGCCUGCGGCGGCGGCAGCGCAGGCAGAGGAUGGGCCUGAGCAGCGGGACGGCCAGCCUGGAGUCCCUGGGGCAGUCGAGCAGCCUGCACAGCGGCGAGCACACCUACGCGACGCUCUCGCAGCUCUCCAGCUCCAGGGAGGAAGAGCUCAUCCGUGAGAGCCGCUUCUACUUCCGAGGCUACGGGCUGGGCCACUGCCUGCAGGCAAAGGAUGGGGCUGGGGAGGGUCCUGGAAUCUACAGCCCCCCCCCAGCCAGUGCACUGCUGCGGGAAGGGGAGACCCUGCGCAGGCGUUACGUCGACCGUGCCAAGCGCAUCGACACCAUCUCCCGAGCCGUCUUCCCCUUCACCUUCCUGGUCUUCAAUAUCUUCUAUUGGGUUGUCUACAAAGUGCUGCGCUCAGAGGACAUCCACCCGGUGCCCUGAGGCCCCCAAAAGGCCCAAGGACCUCUUGGCUGGAUGCUGCCAUGUGCCUGGAGGCUGUGAGCGGGUGUCAGACUGCUGUGUCACCGAGCCACAGACAGCAGUGAGCUGGGCGAGGGGCUGUGCUCCUCUCCCCCUGCACAGCCCACAGCUCUGUGGUGGGAGAUGGUGGGCAGCCCCAGCCUUGCUGACCCCAUCCCCUGACUUCUCCCUCAGCCCCAGGCUGUCCCUGGGUGGGCUCACGCCAUCUGCUCUUCCACCAGAGAGGAGAGCAUCCGAACCCUCGAUUUAAAAACUCAGCAAGGCUUCCAGACCUCCAGACCUGGAUAUCCUCCAUGCUUAGCAGGAAAUAAAAGCAGUAGGUGAUGCUGACGUAGGUCCUACA